GACUCCGCCCGUCUGGACGCUUCCUUUUCUCUUCCACGAGCUCGCAGCCGCCGCGGCGCUUCCCGAAGCUCUCUCGCGGGGCGCCCAUGGCGGGAGAAGGCAAGGCCCCGGCAGUCGCCGAGGAGGUCCCCGUGGAACAUUCUUCCCCUGAGAAAUCUUCUGACAGCACUGUGCCUGAAGUAUUUCCUAAGAUGGAUGUUGAAACCCCUACAGCCGAUGACACCACUGCUGUUGUUGAGGAAGAAAGCAAAACUUCUGAGGGGACUGUGUCCACUGAGAAUUCAGAAGAAGAAGAAGGGAGCAACACUGCUGCAGAGGAAACAGCUGAUGAGAAACCAGAAAUUAAGAUUGAGACUGCUCCAGCUGAUUUUCGUUUCCCAACGACAAAUCAAACAAGGCAUUGCUUCACACGCUAUAUUGAAUAUCAUAGGUGUGUAGCUGCAAAAGGAGAGGAUGCUCCUGAGUGUGAAAAAUUUGCAAAAUAUUAUCGAUCACUUUGCCCAAGUGAAUGGAUUGAGCGUUGGAACGAACAACGUGAGAAUGGCACAUUUCCUGGACCCUUGUAGACCAUAACAAAGAAAAGCCCAUGCUAUCACAACAGAAUAAAGUAACCAAUAGUUGAGAAGCUGUCAGUCACUUGUUUCUGUUGAACAGUUCGUACAAAUAAAAAUUCUGACUUGUUCUGAAAGUCGAAGAAGGAGCUCCUGUCUUUAAGUAACGCAGUUAUUAAGAAAUUGUUCAAAUAAUUCACCUUUAGAAUGUACCUUGGCUUCAUCCCUUGUCCAGCCGACACAUUUUUCACAGUUGGCAUGACUCGGCUGCACCACUGGCGUCAGUGUGGCCACUUUAACCAGCACUGAAGCAGUUGAUGUCCUGUGCCGCAUCGGCAAAGCAAAAGGCCGAAAGGGUUUGAGGAGAUGGAUUGCCUGGCGCAACCAGACGCAGGAACAGAUCUCCCGUCAGUCUCGCAGGAAAGCAGGUUAGUGAAGUUAAAUGUGCUUACACGGAUAUGGUUGCUGCAGCGUCAAGCACUAUAUGUGAUUAUAGUAUGCUUACAGUGUAUUGGAAAAGAUGCACUCACUUUGGUUGCACACACUGCUGCUAGCCUGCUAGUGCCAACAAAAGUUACCGGCCACGGAAUUCCGAUGGUGACCGGAGGAAA